AUGGUAGGAAAUGUUUCAAAGAAGCGCAAGGUGGAAGAUGGAAUAAAAGGAAGAACUGGUAGACCGGUCAAGAAAUUCAAGAAACAAACACACUACGAAUCCUCAUCCGACGAAGAAGAAUCCACAACAGCUCAAAAUUUCCAAGCGGUCAAUUUACAAGAUUCAGAUGAAGAGGAGAAUGGGGCCAAUGAUGCAAUCACAGGCAGUUUAUCAGAUGAGGAUGAUGAGCCGGAUCUCAAUGGUGCAGACAAUGAGUUAGAAGAAGAAGUCACCGAUGCCUCAAAUUCCGAUCCAGAAAAUUCGGAUGAAGAAGACUCGGACACAAAUUCAAACCCCAAUUUAAUAAAGGCACGAAAGCGCAAUGACCCAGAGGCAUUUGCUACAUCCAUGUCCAAGAUUUUGGGAUCGAAGCUAUCGGCGAGUAAGAGAAACGAUCCGGUUUUGUCGAGGAGUCAGACGGCGAUAGAAGCUAGUAAAGAAAUGACGGAUUUGGCCUUGGAAAAGAAGGCAAAGCAAAAGAUGAGGGAGGAUAAAAAAGCUGCGAUGGAGAAGGGAAGAGUUAAGGAUGUUUUAGGUGCUAGUACGGCAUUUGACGCAAGAAAUGGCCAUGGGACUGGAGAGAAUGUACCGAGUGUACAGGAGACGAUGGAGUUGGAAAAGCGAUUGAGGAAAACUGCUCAGAGGGGUGUUGUCAAGCUCUUCAAUGCUGUCAGAGCAGCACAGCUUAAAGGCGAGGAGGCAGCCAAAGAAGCGAGAACAAAAGGAGUUGUGGGACAGGGAAGGAGAGAAGAGAAAAUCAACGAGAUGAGUAAGAAGGGAUUUUUGGAUUUGAUUGCAGGUGGAGGUGGAUUGAGGAAAGGAGAGAUCGAGGAGGCUUGA